UAACUCAGAUCACAAAUUGUAAUUUUUUUCUAUUAUACACACAUAUUUGACUUAUAUGUCUCCAAUUUAGCAUGACUUUAGUAGCUGUACCCCUAAAGUAAAAAUAUAGAAUCAUUGUUAAACCUACAGGUUUCAACCUGGAAAAAAAAGUUAAGACUUAUGUUUAUGUCCAUCACUGAUAGUAAGGUUUACAUGUAAACUUACGUUUACAUGGAGUUCUUAAUCCAUAAACAUAUCUUCCAUACCCCUCUUCCCAUUUUCUCUUCAUCGGGCAUACUACAAUAAGAAACCUGGCAAGGCAGGAUUGUUUACAACCAGAGUCAAAAGGAUAUCCUCCAAGAAUGGUUUAAACAAAACCCUUACCCUGAUAGAGCUACCAGGAAACAAUGGGCCAAAGAAAUUGGCAUUCCGGAGUCCAAAAUCCAGAUUUGGUUUAAAAACCACAGAUCGAAACAGAGACAAUUGGAAUUUGGAUGCUCCUUAGGAAGAGACGAAACCCAAGGACAACACCAUCACCAGCCUUGCACUCAAAGAACACUUCCAAAAGCAGCCGGACAAGACUGGACAGCCAUCACAAGAUCUCAAUCACACUUCCUACUUCAAGCCUUUCAGAGGAGCCGAUUCCUUGAUAUUACAACCAGGAAAAAACUGGCUAAAAAAACAGGCAUUCAGGAACCAAGAAUUCAAAUGUGGUUUCAGAACCAAAGAUCCCUAUACCCAGAGCAGAGCAGAGCAGAGUCCAUGAAUUCCUUGGCAGAUGGCCCAAAUGGAAGACCAGGUCUGACAGCUCAGCAGCACCAAAUUAAUCUGUCCACUCCCCUGGGCAGGUCUCAUCAUUUUGCUUCCUCCGAUUCUUUCAGCAGGAACCAAACGUUUCUCCCUGCUCCUCUCCCCGCCCAUGCGUCCUCUGUCCCUUGUGUGAGCCAAGGACCAAGUGUCACGAUGGUGCAGCCCACGCAGGCUAUGCAGAGAGGAGAGAAUUCUCUCUCUCCCCAGACCCUUAGGAAUCACCUGCCAAUACCCUCGACUUCAGGAGGGGACCUCUCGGAUACUCAGACUCCCUUGUGGCUCCCAAACCAAGAAAAAUGCCAGAAUCACAAAGAACAGACUGGCACAGCAGUACUGCCGUUGAAGGGCUAUUGUCAGCCUCAUCCUGAGCACCAAGAACACCAGCUGCAGGGUCUGGAGCAGGUGGACAUACCUUACAUUCUGCAACGAUGGGACGAGGUCUGCCAGGCUCUGACUGCAACAUGAGAUCCUCGAGAAGGGACACACUGAGACACACAUGGCUGCAGCACACCAUCAACUGGAGAACCAUCCCAUUCCCUCAGCCAACUGCAUAAGCAGUGUGUAGAAACCUCAGGCCUUAUGUCAGCUCCUGUUAUCCACAGACAUUCAGGAAAAGGUACCUUUCCUGAGUCCCUAAUCCACAGAAAGAGAACUCUCCAGGACCCCAACUGUGCUUCAGUGAAAAUGAUUUUCAGGCUGUGUUCCAUAUGCUACAAAGCUCACCAGGGCCUGUGUUUCAGAAGGAAGAAGUCAUUCUCAGAACCUGGUCCAGGCCUCUCUUUUGAUGCAGAAUCAGUGCAACUUAAAGGACAGUGAACAAUGAAGUCGUCCUAUCUGGGACAAGAUUAAUGCAAGAGGAAGGAGAAAACAAUUGGAAUCCCAAAUGGAGGUUUUAACUUUUUGUGGGCAGUGGUUAUCUUCUGUACUCCCUUCACUGAGAAAGCUGCAUACAGCCUCUGGAAGCACCGUAGGCAUUAGCGAGCACACAGGUCUGCGGAAUCCUUCUGAACGAAGACACGUACUUUUCUGACAAACAUGACCUCCUCUCUGUAAUUACCAUGUGCACCAAUCUGGAACAUUCA